AUGGCCCGCACUCUUCUCUCGCAAUUCGUCCUCCUCUCCAACGAUUCUCCGCGGCUCCACGCCCCAAUGUGGGUGACCCUAGAGGCUGCUGCUCAUUUCAUAGUCUUUUUCUUUCGGCUCCUGAUGUCGCCUCCUCCUCCCAUCAUAUCUUCUGUGGUUUCGGCAGAAGGUGCUGCUGGAGAACGGGUAGGAAGUCGGUGGCUCGUCUACCGGUGCGGGGACGCGCCGGUUUCCUCUGCCUGUGUAGCUCUUCGGUCCCUCAAGCCAACGCCGACGGUUCAGAGACUUCAACGAGUACUCGGAAGUAAGAAACGAUCCCGGAGUUGUGUUUUAUGACCGAAUUCGAUGAUGCUCCAUGAACUAUAUUCAAUCGAAGUUAUGAAUUCGACACUAUGGCCCUGACGCGUUGUUUAACGCCAAAAUGAAGUCCUUUUGUACUCUAUUUUCUUAUUUCCCUUUGUAGGAAGAGGGUAGUCUCUGGCGUCCAGCCAACUGGAUCAGUUCACCUCGGGAAUUAUCUUGGUGCCAUUAAAAAUUGGAUCACUCUCCAGGUUGGUUGAACUUUAUGGGUGUCACUUCUCAUUUCAAUAUCUUAAGAAACUUGAGCGUUUUUUCCAUCAAUAUUUGGUUAUUUCAAUAUACAUCUCCUAAUAUUUUAUUGGUAGUUUGAAUGAUUGAUUGCGACCAAUUCCUAGAACUUGAUAUGAGCUAGCUUAAAUUUUCUUUCAACAAUCAUGAAAAUAUUUCAGUGUUUAUCUGUUUUUUUUUUUAAACUCGUUGCUUCUCUUUAAUGUUCCCUUUUUUAUAUUUUUAAACCUAUAUUCUAUAGUGAUGAUUCGUAGAACCCGAGGAAAUCAUUUUUUUUUUUAAUCUUCCGUAUAUAUGAUUCUUCUGCUUUCCAUUCUUCUUUGCAGGAUACAUAUGAAACGCUAUUCUUCAUUGUGGACUUACAUGCGGUGAGCUUUGAUCUGUUAAACUUUAGUGUUUUUUGUCUCAGUCUAUUUCUACUUAUUGUAUUUGACAACCUGCUAUUGCUUUUCUCAUGUCUAGUAGUAAUGUGCCUCGUAAUUUAGUGUAAUUGUUACUAUGUUACAAGGCAUUGCCUUAAGAUACAAAGCAUGUGCACUGGAUGAUGAUGAUGAUGAUGGUGAUGAUUUUGUGUAUCUUUUCAUGCUCUUGCCAACACAUUUCCCAAAAUGGGAACGAAACAGCUUCGAAUGGAAAUUUAUGGCCAGAGCCAGACUCGGUUAAUCACCUUAUGUUGGAGUCCCCUUGGCAAAACUUCAGCUCCAAACUACAAACUGUCCCAAAAAAACAUCUAUCUACAGCUGUGUGAUCAUAUGCUAUGAUCUGUUAAGUGUCCCUUUGAUGCUGUCCCGUUGAUCAGACAACUUUUUGCGUAAAAAAGACCAUUUUCACGAGCUUGAUGGCUCAUAUUACGGUCGCAAUUCCAUUCCCAAUGUUAUUGUAUAUUUAUGUGUUUUCAUUUGUAAGAGGAGGCAUCGGAUGCGAGUAACGUUCUUAUAAUUUGGAGAAUUUUUCUCUGAUAUUGUGUGCCUAAUUAGUAUCCAGAACAAGAAGAUUUAUUUGGAAGUUUUAAAUCUCCUUUCAACCUGGUCCUGUCAACUGUUGUAAUCGUUGUGUUGGUCUGAAGAUAGUUUCUCCAUUUGACAGAUCACUCUCCAAUAUGAUGCUCGGCAGCUGAGUGAAGCAACAAGGAGUACUGCAGCCCUUUAUCUGGCAUGUGGCGUUGAUACAACAAAGGUUCAACACUGUUAUUUCAUUGAAUCGUUUCCUAUUUUUGGUUCUCUAUUACUCCCAUCAGACCCAAGUACUUAUUUGUCUUUAAAUUUAGGCUUCUGUCUUUGUUCAAUCCCAUGUUCGUGAACACGUAGAAUUGAUGUGGCUGCUGAGUUCUACCACUCCAAUCGGUUGGCUGAACAGAAUGAUCCAGUUUAAAGAAAAAUCUCUCAAGGCGGUGCGUUGCAGCUGUAUGACAGCUUCAUUGAUCAUUUGUUUCAUUGAAUUCCUUUAUCUAUCUCAUGUUCAUUUUUACCUGUUAUAAUCGUUAAUUUUAUCGUAUAUCGUGCAAUUCUCUGUGAUUGUUCAAAGUAUACGAUUGAGAGAAAAUCCUGGACAUACCUCGAGUAAAUCAGAAGCAACUAACAGUUGUAGUGUCUCACUUACAUGCAUUAUAACCUGUCAGAUAUCUAAGUCAGAAAUCUCAUCACCUAUAAACUUAAUUUUAGUAGAAUGGUACGCCAAUUUUUGUACUACGUCAAAUUCAAGCUUCAAAAACUAAUUAAUUAUUUAAGUUCGGCCUGACACAUGCUGGCUGCUAACACAGUUUAAGGUGGGCCUGGUUUUGUCAAUUGACAACCUCCGUAGAUGUCAUUGUACUAAGGUGAUAUUUUAUGUUUUCGGUUCCUAUACACGCUCAAAACUGAACUUGGAUCUCUUGUUAAUUAUUGAAAACACAUUGGACAAACAGAAAAUGACUGAUAUGAAGAAAUGAAAAGAAGGUGACUCAGCAAUAAUCCAGACUGGAUGUGUUAGUACUCGUGUGUUAACAGAGUCCUCUGGUGCCAAAAGGCAAUCUAUACUUAUUCAUCUUUCAAUCAAUACCUCUUUGUUCUUGGAACAGCAUAUGUGAAUAGAUUCAUGCAAUUUAUACCGAAUAAAUUUUUCACGGACAACAUUUAGAGAGCCACCUGAGUGAUGCUAUAUCAUCUCUUCUACUUUAGCUGAAAUUCGUGGCAUUGCUUUAUUUCAUAGUGGCAUUUAUUGGAUUCUGUUGGAUAUUGGUUAUUUAUAUCAGAUAUAUGAGUCUUUCAGUUGAUUUGGGAAGUGUGCAUUAUUAACCGUUCUGUGGUCAAAUUUUGCUCUAGGGCGAUGAAAAUGUUGGAGUUGCACUUUUGACUUACCCUGUCCUCAUGGCGUCGGAUAUCCUUUUGUAUCAGGUAAGCAAAACUGAAUUUACCUUUAUGUAAUUUUUCUCUCUUUGGAUGUUUUCUGUCAGGUUCUUCAAUUGUGCCGCCAAACAUAGACAACUUUAGAUAACAUGAUCUAAGACACAUUUAUACCACGUAUCAGUUGAUUUUUCUCUGCAUUGCGCUUGAUAGUUAUAUAAUAAAUAUAGGUACAUCCUGACAUUUUUUUCCAGUGUCUUAAUGAUCCAAUUCUUAUCUAGUGAUGGAUGCAUGGCAGGCUGAUUUUGUGCCUGUUGGUGAGGAUCAGAAGCAACAUCUAGAGCUGACACGUGAAUUGGCUGACAGGGUGAAUUACUUAUAUGGGGGAAAGAAAUGGAAGAAACUCGGAGGGUAGUAAGGGUUUUCAAUUGCUUUAUUUGAAUGUUAAAUUAUUUCCAUCUUUCUUCCUUUUCCAAUGGUGCCAUCAAUUUGAUUGUCUAUCUCAUACUGCCUGCAGAAGAGGUGGUGCACUUUUUAAGGUACUUGUUUUGAUGGUUGUAGUCUCUAUUUUCCAUUUUUAUCAUUCUAUCUUAAUUUUUUAUUUUUUUGGAAAAAGAUGCAUUAUUUUCCUGUAUCAAUCUUCUAUAAUAGGUUCCUGAAGCCCUCAUUCCUCCUGCUGGGGCUCGUGUAAUGUCUCUAACAGAUGGUCUUUCAAAGGUAUCAACUUGUUCAGUCUUCCUCUGGACGAACAAAACUUGGACAUGUCGUAUAGAUUUAUAGCAUGUGGUAGUAAGAACUUUAUAAAAAUGCUCAAAAAGGUUUCUAGUACUUUUCUUGUGGUCAUUUAUUUAUGUGCCGACCAAAAUUUGGGUAGAAAACCGAGGAUAAUACAGUUUAAUGGGCAGUUGAGUAAACUUUAAUGGAGAUUAAAAAAUAUCUAGAAUGAACUUCACAAAGAGCUGUCUAUUAUUCUUUUUCACGAGUCAUCUAUGAUGACAAGUUUCUCUGAUAUCUGUUUGAUUGCCAAUCCAGAUGUCAAAGUCUGCACCGUCUGAUCAGUCUCGUAUCAAUCUCCUUGAUACAAAAGAUGUGAGACAUAGUCAUUCAUUCCUUUUCGUGGUCUUCUUUUGAUGAGCUUUUGCCCCCGUUUCUAUCUCCCUAUCUGACACUAAUUGGCAUUUAUAUACUGUUUUUCAGGUAAUUGCAAACAAGAUUAAGCGUUGCAAAACUGAUUCAUUGCCCGGGUCUGUAUCAUGAAUUUGGUCACAUUUUUUUUUUUAACGUAAAUUUUUCUUGAUGAGGUGCACUGGAUUUUGUUCUUUGGUUUGCGAAUAUUCAGAUAAGAAUCUGAGAAAGAAAACGAUGCUAAUGUGAACAUCAAGUUAGAUAUAUUAUGAUUUCCGUUUUUAUAAAGCUAUGGUCUUGACCUACCUACCCUUAUGGCUUGGAGAGCAGAACGUAGGAAUAGGAGUGAGGCUUCGCUGAUUGAGAACACUGGGGGUUUGGGGGCGGGUUUCUACUGCUGCAAUUAUUUAUUUAUUAGACCCAUAAUAUGGAGACAUUUUUACAUCAUUUGUUGAUAAAGAAUCAUCAUCUCAUGGAUUCCACAUAAUUGUUGUAGCUGAAAUCUUUUCAUGCCUCAUAGAUAUGAUUAUGAUUAUUGUCUAUUUCCAGCGUAUACAUAGCUUCUGAUUCUGUAAUUGAUUCUUAACUGAAAUUUGCAUGAUAUUUGAUGAAUCCCUCUAAAACUGGUUGACGAAACAUUAUUGAGAAGGAGAUUAAUGUAUGCGUCAGCCCGGUUUUUUAUUUUAUUAUUUCAGUUGCGUACAUUUCCCGAAUAAUUCCUUCCUUUCACCUAAUAAGAAUCCCUUGACAUGCAGAUUAGAAUUUGGCAACCCCGACAGACCCGAAUGCCACAAUCUUCUCUCCAUUUACCAGCUUGUCAGUGGAAAGUCAAAAGAGGUACUGAUAAUUUUCUCUCUGUUCUGUUAAUAUACCGAAGCUUUCCUUUUUCUCCACAGUUUUCAGAAUUUUUCACUCUUCUUCAGGCGGCUAUGAUCAACAUUUUCUGGAUAAUCAUAUAUUUUCUUUUACCCUUUUUUUCUCCGGCUUCAGGAGGUUGCAUCAGAAUGUCAAAACAUGAACUGGGGUACAUUCAAACCCAUCCUCACGGAUGCGCUGGUUGACCAUCUCCAACCUAUUCAGGUUUAUAUCUCUUCUUCUUAUGCUGCAUUAUGUUGGUCUUACAUGCAGACCCAUAUCAAGUUCCUCUUGGUACUUUCUACGCCGUCUAUUCUUAGAACAGCCCACGUUGACUUCUCUUCCCUGAACUUUCAGGAACGUUACAGUGAAAUCACAUCCGAUUCGGGUCACUUGGACAAGAUUCUGGCGGAGGGCGCUUCAAGGGCCACUGCCAUAGCAGAAACAACGCUCAAGAAUGUCUACCAAGCGAUGGGAUUCCUGAAGAGAUGA